CACACCCUGUAUUUCAUACGGUUUCGGGGUUGAAUCCAGUAACAUCCCUUUGUUCUUGUUCAUUAACAUUCCGAUUCAGCGUUUUGUCAAUCUAGGGCAGGGCAGUACUAAUUUUGAUCUGCGUCUGUGAAUGGAAGAGCUACAAAAGUUGCAGCAACUGCAGACGACAAUGGAAUGGCUGCAUUCAGCUGGAAUUUCCGACGCCAACUCCGAUUGCCAACGCUUUCUCGCCGAUUUUACUACCCUUUUGAUGCACGACUAUGGUACGCUGGAUAUUGCAUCCAAAUGCGGGUUGAUUUCCAAGAACAUGUCAAAGAUAUCAAGUUUAAUUAUUGGGGGUGCGCUGCAAGGUGGAGGGGAAGAAUUUGUAGGUGACAGCCAGAUUGGAAACUCUGUACACCUCCAUUCUGAUGAAAAGGUAAAUCCCAAUCAGAUGCAGAGAUUCUUUGUUGAAGUGCCUAUGGUUGGAAUAGAUGCGAUGAUGCGAUCAAAUUCAACUCUGGAGGAUUUUUGCAGGUCAUAUUUUAUGUUUCACAAAAUGGAAGCAAACUGUGCACAAUCAAUUUUCAAAUAUUUACCCAUUCUCUCAUUCACAGAAAGCUUUAUUUAUCAGUUGGACGGUUUAAAUGAGAAACUACUGCAGUCGUCGAAGAGUGAAGUUCAAUUAUUCAGCAAGGACUUCAAGGAUGAUGAUUCGUGCCUUGAUUCUAUUUCUUUAUGCAAAUUUGGAAAAUAUCCAUUCGGUUCACUCAUUAAUGUUUUAGAAAGUCACGGGCUUUUGACAGAAAGAAUUUCGAAAGAGCUGAACUGCGGAGUAGAAUAUUGGGCUCUAGAAAGAAAGCUAUGCCAUGCCCUUGCAAAUGACAAGGAGAUAUCCAUUCAAGAUGUGACAAAUGCAAUACAUUUGAAGUCAUUUGAUUAUCGCGUUCUGAACCUUCUACUAUACCAAUUGAGAGGAGACAAGGUAAAUGAACUACAUAUGGAGUUUUUGUCUGCAUCGGAAUUGCUUGUGGAAGUAUCGGAUGACCUGUUCGAUUAUGAGGAUGAUGUUGUCGAUAAUAAUUUCAACAUUCUACGCAUGUUUAUCAAAUAUUACGGAGCUAUAGAUGCACCUAUCAUGUUGGCACAAUUUAUAACUAACGUAGAGAAAAGAUACAAUCAGUUAUUGAUAGAAUUAGAUUCGGAACUUUCUGCCAAGUACCAGAAGAGAUGUGAAGAAGCUACAAGAGAAGGUGGAAAAAUGCACGGCCCUUCCCUUGGAACAUGGCAUAUACCACCAAUCAUUGCAGAUGAAGCUGGAUAUCGCGCUGCUUUUUCAGGUUCUAGUCGGUAGAUUUUGUGCCCGAAUUGGAUGAAAUUGUUACUAAGGUUGUCACAUUGCCCUUUUGCCAUGGUGACAAAAUAACGAACACAAGGUACUGGUAUACAAAAUUAUAUAUAUUUCUCCCUCUGUCCGGCUCUAAGGGUCCUAUUUACCUUUUGUGUCAUUGUACUUAAUCUUAAUAAUAUCAUUAUAUUUGUAUAAUUUUUUGCAUAAAUAUCAUUAUAAUAGUAUUAUAAGACACUAAUAGAAAUAUUUUUGCCAUUUUCUCUUAAUUUGUACUAAGUUUUCAUAUAAUAAUUAAUAUUCAAAGAUCAACUCGCAAAAAGUAAAUGAGACACUUAGAGCCGGACGGAGGUAGUAUAUCUUAUAAGUAUUAAAUUAUCACAUUUUUAUUUAACUUCA